ACUUAGCCACUCAGCCACAACUCAAGAUUGUCAUUACACUUCUUCAUAACACACGACGACAACGACAGCAGCAUGGAUCGCAUCGACAUGAACAGGCUCAAGAGUGGAGAGGUCAAUCUCGGGACCUCUAUCAUGGCAGUUCAGUUCGACAAGGGCGUCGUUAUCGGCGCCGACAGUCGUACAACGACUGGAAGCUACAUCGCCAACCGUGUAACAGACAAGCUCACGCAUGUCCACGAUCGGAUAUACUGCUGUCGCUCAGGAUCUGCAGCUGAUACGCAAGCAGUCGCAGACAUAGUACAUAACUACCUGCAGCUAUAUACACAAAUCCACGGCGCCCACCCUCCAGUUUCAUCGGCUGCGGGCAUGUUCCAGGAUAUUUGUUAUGAUAAUAAGGAUGCUCUCAGCGCGGGUAUCAUCGUUGCUGGAUGGGACAAGGAGGUUGGUCCAAGUGUAUAUAACAUUCCUCUAGGCGGAGGGCUUUUCCGCCAGCCGUGGGCCAUUGGAGGCUCUGGCUCAACAUAUGUAUACGGUUACUGUGAUGCUACAUACCAAGAUGGGUGGGGACGGGAUGAGACCGUCGAAUUCGUGAGAAACACCCUUGCACUUGCGAUGGCAAGAGACGGUUCAUCAGGAGGUGUCAUCCGCAUGUGCGUGAUCACGGAGGACGGUGUCGAGCGGCUCUUUGUUCCCGGCGACAAACUCCCUAAGUUCUGGGAAGGUCGUGAGGUGUUGUCAGGGCCGGUGAAAAAGAGCGUGGAACAGACCGCAAUGGCUAUCGAGUAGAUGUGUAGAUUUAUGCAAAAUCACAACACCUUCUUCCCACAAGUGGGCAUUCUGAUUAAUAUUGCUCGUAAUUAAAUGUCAUGGCUGAG